CAUAACGCUGGCGGAAGUUGUCAAAACUCUACGGUGCUGGAGCAUCGACUGUUCAAAACACUGCAUUAUUUUGAAGCUAUGAGCCGUAAAAGAAACCACGGUUUUGUUGAAACGGGGCAGUUGGCUGACUCUCAGGCCGCACUGAUGGACAACACAGGACCUCCUGUUCGAGCGGAGGAGAGUUUCUGCGAUGUGGAGUUUGAUGAAGAGUUGGUGUGUUCCGUGAGUGAGAUCACCGAGCAUCUCGGCAGGAACAUCACCGUGGCGCUGGAGGAGGCCCUGUCCGAAAUCCGCAAAGUAGUAAGCGCACGAACCAGGCUCCUCAAAAUGGAGCUGAGGGAGAAAACCGACGAGAUCGAGCUGCUCAAAGCGCGGUUGGAGUGUGUCGCCAGUGAGCCGGCCAGGAAAGCCGACUUUCUACAGAAGAGCAACAGCACGGAGCCGAAGAAAGCCAAAGCGGCCGCUCCGGCUGUCAAAAAGGAGAACAUCGACGCCAUCUGUGAUUACCUGAUGAAGGACAAGAACUCACGCGGAGCUGCUGAUGUGGAGAGCGAGCGGCAGCACCAGGCCUCACUCAGCCCCUGGACAGAGAGCGAGGACAUCUUCAGUAUGUUGCCUUCUGCCAGUAAAAGACUCUACGACUAUGAGUGGAUGUCUGGAGUGGAGCUGAACUCCACCUCGGAGUAUAAAGGUGAAUCUGAGUCCAAGUGUGAGAAUCCCAUUGCUGCAAGAGCGACAGCUGAAGAAGAUUCGGAAGAAGGGAGAGGGAUGGGGCCGGUUUCUGACGAUUCCUCUGCUCCAUUUGCUCUGGAUGCUCAUGGCUCGCCAGAGGAGGACAACAGCAGCCCAGUGGAGGACAGCAUUGACCAAUUAGAUGCAGACCAGCAUUUCUCUGCCCCUACAUUCAUCUGCCCCUUCUGUGGAACCCUCUGCCCUGACUCAUCAUUCCUGGAGGAGCACAUGAAGCUGAUGCACAGAGAAGAGAGCGCUCAGGCUGCUCAGUCCGGCUCCUCUUCCAGUGGAGGGCAGGGCAGCGAGGGAGAGGUGUGGCGGAAGGCAAGCUCUAGCGAAUCCCAAGCUCGGGAGAAGAAGGUGGAAGGUGGCUAUGAGUGUGGAGACUGUGGACGCCGCUUUAACUAUCUUGGCAACCUGCGGCAGCACCGGCGCAUCCACACGGGCGAAAAGCCAUUUGUGUGCUCUGAAUGUGGGGAGAGAUUCCGGCACGCCGCUCGCCUCAAGAGCCACCGGCUCAGCCACAGCGGUGCUCAGAGCCCCUUCCCGUGCCCGCAAUGUGGUAAGGGCUUCCCUGUGCUCUCUGGUCUUAAACGACAUCAGCGUGUUCACACAGGCGAAAGCCCCUACGCGUGCCCUCAGUGCGGCCGCCGUUUCAAAGAGCUCGGCAACCUCUACACACACAUGCGCAUACACAGUGGCGCCACACCUUAUACCUGCUACCAGUGUGGCCGAAGUUUCCGACAUUUAGGAACUUACAAAAGUCAUCGCUGCACCCCCAUCACACAGGUACCCAGUGCACAUGGUCCAGCGUGGCCUCAAGAGGACAAAAUCCAAACUGGAUAAACAGUGUUCUACCAGAUUGUUAAGUAAGGCAAUGUGCUCUGUUUUCUCUUCAGCAGAUGGUUGAGGAAUGUCUAAACACGGAGGCGAGGAUGCUUAAUGAUUAACAUUAUGGACAGAUCUAGGAUAUUUAAAAUUAAAAAAUAAAAAAGAGGAAAGAACAUCAUGGCCCAUUUCUGCAUUCUUAUUUCUGGGUCCUGAACCUUGAAUAGGAUAAAGAAUCUGUAUAGAUCAGAUCCGAAAUCAGAUUGAUUUCGAGGAUGGGUUUGAUGUGAAAGAGGAGACAACUUGAAGUGAAUAGAAAUUAGCACAUGCUGCUUUUACCCAGGUUACUUUAGGAAAAAAGACAUACUGCAUACAAAUAUUCUCACAUUUAAUAUAGACUGUGUUUCCAAAACAACGAGCAUGCUUUCUCAUGAUUUGUAAGAGUACUAGUACUACAUGGCUGAUGAAAAUAUUUUUAAAACGUGUUUUGUUUUUCAUUUUGUAUCGUUUUGCUUUGUUUUUUUGGAAGAACGGUUAUUUUAGUUAAGUCUGUUUUGCAAUCAACCUGAUUUGAAAUGCAUCUGAGCCUUUUGUGUUUUAGAUAUCCUUGUGGGAAGAGCUGCAAUGCUGCUGUGGCCCUCUGGAUGACGUGUUACUGUAUCGACUGCUUUAGUAGUUGUUCAUGGAAUAUUUUAAAACUGCCUAUUUGUGUUCUAGUUUACUACUUUAUCAUGAUAUUGACACUAUUAACACUUUCUUUGGAUUUAUUCAAACGUCCACCGUUUUAAUAGCUAAGCAAAGUACUACUACUGUACUGUGCAAAAACUGGAAAGCAAAAGAAAAACUUGCUUUUUCACAAAUAUGAAGACUGUUGUGUAGGUAUUUUACAUGGUAAUAUGAAAUUCAGCAAUUAAUUUGUUGUGAUAUCAGUUGCAUCAUAGGACUUAUUGAAAUUUUACCCAGUAAAAAAAAAAAAAAUAAUAAUAGUACAAAUAAAAUGUCUGACUGUUAGAUAAGGUGAAACCAACUGUCAGUGAUCAAGUAACAUUGGACUGGUCUUUACCGGUUACUGCCAACAUAAUUGUAAUCAUAAUUAAUAAACAUUUAUUUGAUCUGAAA